ACGUAUGCUUGCCCCGCCUGCUCUGGGUGGGCACGGCCCCGCGCUUACGUCACCGGCCCUGUUCCCCUCUCCCGGGAGCGGCAGCAGACGCGCUGCUCCCACCCCCUCCCCUUCUCACAGGCUGUCCCCUCCCUGGUGGUGACCGCUGCCCGACCCUCUGCAAGGCGAUGGCCCGGGUCCCAAGCGCGGGCUAGCGUUCCUGGGUGCUCUGCCAUGGGCUAUAUUGGCUCUCGGCGCCCAGCCGGUCAGGCAUUUCUGGGGACCACUACCCAACUGAAGCUCAGGGACAGAGCCGACUGCUCCAGUUAAAAGUGGCUUCGGACCCUGCCUGGGCUGUGGAGUGGAUCGAACUCCCUCGAGGUCUUUCUCUGUCUUCCUUGGGAUCUGCUCGGACUCUCCGAGGCUGGAGCCGGUCCCCUCGUCCUUCUUCCGUAGACAGCCAGGACUUGCCAGAGGUACGUUUAAAUACUGGGAUGACGCAGUGACCAUAACAGACUGAAUUCCUCAAAGGCCAACAAAGAAAAUCAUAUUUACACCUGGCAAGCUGGCUCCGUUAAUGGUACAUUGAUAGAAAACAAUGAUUAAUUGGAGACCACAGUUAGAGGACAGACCACCAUUUGAGUAACUACAAAGGCUUCUCUGAGGGGGUAAUGUUCCAGUCAACACUGGAAAGUUGAGAAAAACCAGCUAUGGGAACAAAAGAGAUUUUAUACGCAGACUUCUGGGCUGAAGUAGUGUGGAAGGUUAGGGAACCCCUGCUAACCUGGGAAAGGUCACCAAGGGCUUAAGAGAAGUAUCGGUAGGAACAGAAAAGACAGAAACAGGGUUGGGGAAUGAUUUGAGGUAUAAUCCAUAUGGAUUCGUUGUUGUUGGCAGUGAUAACUUUGUUUUGAGAUAGGGUCUUACGUAGCUCAGGCUAACCUCAACUUGCUAGGUAGCCAAGGAUGACCUUAACCUUCUGAUCCUUCCUCCUGCCUUCAUCUCCCAGCACCUGGAAGCGUUAUAUACCAGAUAUCAGAGGCUAGCGAUCAGACACCAUGCUUCCUGAUUGGGAGGCAAGCCCCAUACCAACUGGGUUUCAUCCUGGCCCCUCACUAGGUUUUAAGAGCAGAUGUGUGCAGGCAAAGCUUAGGAGACAAUGAUGGUAAUCCUGAGAUAGAGAUCCCAGGGAGAUGGAGAAUGUGGGGGAAGUUGGAAAGCCAAGCCUCAUGUGGGGAAGAGAAUGUUUGUUUUGGAGUUGGUUAUGCCGAAUGUUUGGUUCUGGUAGGCCACCUAGAAAGAGCUGGGACGUAGAUAUCUAACAGAGAGAGGAGCGGGAAGAACCUUAAGGAUGCCUUUGCCUUAGCAAAAGGAAGGAUGCCUUCCUUUCCUGUCUUUUUUUUUUUUUUUUUCUAGACAGGGUUUCUCUGUACCCCUGACUGUCCUGGAACUCACUCUGUAGAGCAGCCUGGCCUCGAGCUCAGAGAUCCCUCUGCCUUUGCUUCCUGAGUGCUGGGAUUAAAUGUGUGCGCCAGCAGUCUUCAGAGGCUCUACUCAUGGUUCUUCAGCUGUCUUCUUCCCUUCUGGGACCUGGGAAAGUGGAGGCUCGGCUGUAGUUCUCUUCCCUUGGCUUUGAGUUUCCACUGCUCCCUAGGAGGACAGUUGGCAGACUCCGGCUUCUUAGCCUUUUCUGCAUGCCACUAGCCACUAGGCUGGGCGUGCAAUCCUGCAUUCUUCCAGCUCCCAGCUCCUGCUGAUAUAUAGGCAGGAGCACGUUGGAAAGAAGGUCAUGUCUGUCAGAGGGGCACUGACCUUCUGAUGGUGUUACUCAAGGUGAAUGUUGGAGACACAGUCGCGAUGCUGCCCAAGUCCCGGAGAGCCCUAACCAUCCAGGAGAUAGCUGCGCUGGCCAGAUCGUCCCUGCAUGGUAUUUCCCAGGUGGUGAAGGACCACGUGACCAAGCCCACAGCCAUGGCCCAGGGCCGCGUGGCUCACCUCAUCGAAUGGAAGGGCUGGAGCAAGCCCAGUGACUCACCUGCAGCUCUGGAAUCAGCCUUUUCCUCCUAUUCAGACCUCAGCGAGGGUGAACAAGAGGCUCGCUUUGCAGCAGGAGUGGCCGAGCAGUUUGCUAUUGCAGAAGCUAAGCUCCGAGCGUGGUCUUCUGUGGAUGGCGAUGACUCCACCGAUGACUCCUACGACGAGGACUUCACUGGGGGAACUGACUCAGACAUUGCUGGGUCUCUGGGGCCCCACCUCCAGGACCUCUUCACAGGUCGUCGGUUCUCCCGGCCCGUGCGCCAGGGCUCCGUGGAGCCUGAGAGCGACUGUUCCCAGACCGUGUCCCCAGAUACCCUGUGCUCUAGUCUGUGCAGCCUGGAGGAUGGCUUGCUGGGCUCCCCAGCCAGGAUGGCCUCCCAGAUGUUGGGUGAAGAGCUGCUCCUUGCCAGACUGCCCCCCAGCCGGGAAAGUGCCUUCCGCAGCCUGGGCCCUUUGGAGGCCCAGGACUCACUUUACAGUUCACCGCUCACGGAAUCCUGCCUUUCCCCUACCGACGAGGAGGAGCCUGAUUCGUGCAAGGACUGCCAGCUGCUCUGCCCGCUGCCUGGCAGCAGCUGGGAAAGGCAGCAGCAAGUCUCUGAUGUGGCCUCCUCUGGGGUCGUAUCCUUAGAUGAGGAUGAGGUGGAGCCCGAGGACCAGUGAUCCAGACAUGCCCGGUGGUGGCAUGUUUCCCCUGGCUGCUGCCCGGGGCAGAGCCUCUGCUGCCAAAGUGUGGGCUCUGGAGCUCCGAGGGCUUCUAGGAGCGCUCACUUCUCCAUUGUGUGUUUUGCAUGAAAGUGUUUGGAGAGGAGGCAGAGGCCAGGCUAGGGGCGCAUGUACUGCUUCCACUCUUGGGGGUUUGCCGGGGCUUGCCCGGGACCCCUGGGGCAUGGCUACAGCUGUGGCAGACAGUGACGUUCAUGUUUCUUGAAUCCAAAAUGCCACAUUUCCUCCUGGGAUGUGAACCUGCGCUGGGAGGGUGGGAAUGGAGGAAGCCUGGCCAUCUCCUCCACCCUUCCUCGUGCCCCUUCUCCUCCGCUUCUCUCUUCACCCAAGUCCACGUGCAGUGCUUGACUGAACCGCCUCCCCCUGUGGGGCUGGCUCGUGGCCUCCUGGAGUCUACGGAUUGAGCCGUCCCCUAAGGGUCCCCUUACCCACCUGGGCCCCGCUGUGCUUCACCUUGCCAUUGUCUCUAAACCUUUUUUUUCCCUAAAGACAGGGGGUUUCUGGUCUGUUCUUUGAGCCGAUCUUCUCUGGGAGGCACUGGAAUGACGAAAGGGUGUGUCCUCCCCCUCUCCUAGGCCCCUCCCUCCCCUCAGCCCUGGCCCUCUCCCUGCAUGGCAAGGUCCUGUGGGCACAGACAGAGUUCUCAGUAGGGUGGAACUGGACAAAGGAAUGGGUCUGGCUGUUAGAGCGGGGAGUGCCACAAGGGGGCCACCUGGGUAGCCAGGAGAUCUGUGCCAAUGAAUGGACAGUCCUGAGGGAGUGGCUAUCCUUGGGAAAGAGGGCAGUGGUUUUUCUUGGCUGAAAGAAAGGAAGGUUGUAGCCACAGGGUUAGGGGCCUGAUCCAGGCAGGGUGUUGCAGAUGAGGCAGCAGGGGCCUCUGGCAGAUCCUACUAUAUUGCUGGGACGCUGGGGUUGAUAGGUGGCUGUGGACUGAAGUCUCAGGCUUGGGCAGGUAAGAGGAUCCAAGAGGAAAACAUGAGCCAACAGCACAAGUGUUCUAUACAUGAGUGGCUAAUUAGGUGUUUACUUUAUUCUAUUUAUUGUUUUAUUAAAUUAAUAUAAAAAUCUUUGUAAAUUUCUA